AUGGGCACACCGGCGGCCGUCAGGGUGAUCGGCGCCUUCGACAGCCCGUUUAGCCACCGCGCCGAGGUCGCCCUGCGCCUCAAGGGCGUUCCCUACGAGCUCAUCCUGGAGGAGCUCCACAACAAGAGCGAGCUGCUGCUUACGAGCAACCCCGUCCACAAGAAGGUGCCCGUGCUCCUCCAUGGCGACCACGUCGUCUGCGAGUCCCUCAUUAUCGUCGAGUACGUCGACGAGGCCUUCGACGGACCCCGACUCCUACCUGCCGACCCAUAUGACCGCGCCAUGGCCCGCUUCUGGGCUCGCUUCAUCGACGACAAGUGCUCGAAGCCGUUCUGGCUGGCGAUGUGGACGGACGGCGAGGCGCAGAAGGGGUUCAUGAAGGAGAUCAAGGAGAACUUCGCGCUCCUGGAGGUGCAGCUCGAUGGGAAGAGGUUCUUCGGCGGCGACACCAUUGGCCUCGUCGACAUAGCCGCCUGCGGUUUCGCGCACUGGCUCACCGUCUGCGAGGAGGUGUCCGGGGUGACACUCGUCACGGCCGAGGAGUUCCCUCGCCUCUGCCGCUGGGCCAAGGAGUACGCUUCCGACGAGAAGGUCCGGGCGUGCCUGCCGGACAGGGCGCAGAUGCUCGCCCAUUUCACGGCCAACAAGGAGAUGUUUAUGGCCAUGGCAAAGUCAAUGCUGCCAAAAUAA